GGGGACCCUCCCCGCCUCGGUCCUGCAGAAGGGACGCAGGAGGUGACCUCGGCCACAGACCGCUGCACAGCAUGACCACUGCCCCAGGCCCUCGGCACCCGCCCGCCUUGGUCUCCUGGGCACUCUGACCGCUGCUACCCGCGCGCCAUGCGGCCCCCAACCAGACCCGUGGCCGCCCUGGGUGCCACGCUGCUGCUGCUGCUGCUGCUGCUGGCCUCGGAGCCAGCGCAGGCGCUGCUGCUGCGGGCCCGCGAGGCCGCGCAGUUCCUGCGGCCGAGGCAGCGCCGGGCCAACCAGGUCUUCGAGGAGGCCAAGCAGGGGCACCUGGAGCGGGAGUGCAUAGAGGAGCUGUGUAGUCAGGAGGAGGCCCGCGAGGUGUUCGAGAACGACCCCGAGACGGAAUAUUUCUACCCAAGAUACCAAGAGUGUGUCAAAAAGUAUGGCUCCCGAUACACCAAACACCCAGAUUUCGUCACAUGCGUCCAGAACCUACCUGACCAGUGCACUCCAAACCCGUGUGACAAGCAAGGGACCCAGGUCUGCCAGGACCUCAUGGGCAACUUCUUUUGCAUGUGCAGAGCUGGUUGGGGGGGCCGGCGCUGUGACAGAGAUGUGGACGAGUGCAGCCAGCAGAAUGGGGGCUGCGGCCAGGUCUGUCUCAACACUCCAGGCGGCUUCUACUGUGCCUGCCACAGUGGCUACACGCUCAGCCAGGAUGAUGGCCGGAUCUGCCAAGACAUAGAUGAGUGUGCAGACAAAGAGGCCUGUGGGGAUGCUCGCUGCCAGAACCUGCCAGGCUCCUACACCUGCCUCUGUGAUGAAGGUUUUGAAUACAGCACCCAGGACAAGGCCUGCAGAGAUGUGGAUGAGUGUGCACAGGGACGCUGUGAGCAAACGUGCAGCAACACCCUGGGCAGCUACACCUGUCACUGCAAUGGCCGAGGGGGCCUCAAGCUGUCCCCCGACAUGGAUACCUGCGAGGACAUCUUGCCCUGCGUGCCCUUCAGUGCAGCCAAGAGUAUGAAGUCCUUGUACCUGGGCCGUAUGUUCAGCGGGGCCCCUGUGAUCCGGCUGCGCUUCAAGAGGCUGCAGCCCACCAGACUGGUGGCUGAGUUUGACUUCCGGACCUUUGACCCUGAAGGCAUCCUAUUUUUUGCCGGAGGCCACUUGGACAGCACCUGGGUGGUCCUGGGCCUGAGAGCUGGUCGGCUAGAGCUGCAACUACGCUACAAUGGUGUCGGCCGUGUCACCAGCAGUGGGCCAGUCAUCAACCACGGCCUGUGGCAGACGAUCUCUGUGGAGGAGCUGGAUCGAAACCUGGUGAUUAAGGUCAAUAAGGAUGCAGUGAUGAAGAUUGCAGUGGCUGGGGACCUGUUCCAGCUGGACAGAGGCCUGUACCACCUGAACCUCACAGUGGGGGGUGUUCCUUUCCCAGCCCAGGACCUCGUCCAGCCGAUCAACCCUCGCCUGGAUGGCUGCAUGAGGAGCUGGAGCUGGCUGAAUGGGGAAGACAACACUAUCCAGGAAACAGUGAAGGCAAACACGAAGAUGCAGUGUUUCUCAGUGACAGAGAAGGGGUCCUUUUUCCCUGGCAGCGGAUUUGCCUUCCACAGCCUCAGCUACACACGGACGUCCCUGAACACGGGAACCGAAGGGACCUGGGGAGUGGAAGUAGUGGCUCGGAUCCGCCCCGCAGCUGACACAGGAGUGCUGCUCGCACUGGUAGGCGGCAACGACACAGUGGCCCUAUCUGUUGCCCUGGUUGACUACCACUCCACGAAGAAGCUCAAGAAGCAGCUGGUGGUCCUGGCAGUGGAGAACAUUGCCUUGGCCCUGAUGGAGAUCAAGGUGUGUGAUGGCCGGGAACAUGUGGUCACUGUGUCCCUGAAGGAGGGCGAGGCCAGCCUGGAGGUGGACGGCACCAAGAGUCAGAGCGAACUGAGCACCACCCAGCUGCAGGAGCAGCUGGCACUGCUGGGGACACAUCUGCAGGGCCCAGUGCUUACCUUCAUUGGGGGCCUGCCAGAUGUGCCUGUGACCUCGGCCCCGGUUACCGCCUUCUACCAUGGUUGCAUGACACUGGAGGUCGGUGGGAAGCCCCUGGACCUGGAUGAGGCCAUGUACAAACACAGCGACAUAACCACACACUCCUGCCCACCUGUGGAGCACAUUGCACCCUAGACCUGCAAGGGGGACAUCCCAGGGGCUCUGUCCCACCAUCCAGAUGGAAGGCACAACCCUGCACACCAAGCAGCUGGCUGCACUGGCGAGCUGUUCUCCUGCAGACCCUCUGGGCUGCGACAUAGUUGUAAAUAAUAUUAGCAUUGAGGCUGCGCUCAGCCGCAGGGCGACUGAGCUCCAAGAGGAUGCAUGGGGGUGGCAGCCCGAAGCAGAGUGGACUGAGGAAAUAGUUCUCUAUUAUUUUUAUUACCACACGCUUCUGACUUGAAAAUAUGGAGAAUAAAAUGUUUAGAGAAACUUUUUUAA